UUUUUUGUAAAUUACAUAACAAACGACAAAGAAAAAAACUAUGAUUAAUUUUAAACAUUAUAAUCAACGACGAUCUACAUCGACAUCGUUAUGUAAUACGAAUGUUUAUCGAUUCAAAUCAACAAUGUUUGGUGAUUAUAAAUUAAUGUCAUUAUCAAUGACAAUGAUAAUAACGGUGAUAAUAAUAAUAAUAACAUCAUUACAAGUAAUGGCUAUACCAAAAAAUCAUCAUUUACCAUUACAAAAUUUUGAUCUACCCAUAAGUAAAUGUAAUAAAACACAUGCUGAUCAAAUUGUUCGAUGGUUAUAUUUUUUCGAUGAUCCUGAUCGUAUUGCACCGGAUAAUGCUGAUGCAUUUGAACAAUUUUGCAACCAAACAAAUCAAAAAGAAUUAUAUGUUAAAGAAUAUGCCCGAAGAUGUUUGGCAAAAUUUCCACGUCAAGUAACAAGUUUGCUAAUGUUCGGUAUAAUACGUAAAAAUCGUCAAUUUUGUAGUAAAACAAGAUUGAGAAAAGAAAUGAUACAUGCAGCACAUUGUUUAAAUACAAUUAAACGUAAAGGUUCAAAAUGUUUUUCACGUUCAAUACAGGAUUUUUUAAUUAUUAAACAUAUGCCCAUAUCUGGUCGUGUUGGUAAAACUUGUUGUGUUUAUUAUCAAUUGGAAGAAUGUUUAGUACAACAGGCAAUUGAAACACCACAAUCAUGUAGUAGUGAAGAUGCACAAAUGAUUGAAAAUCUAAUUGAAGGUUAUACUGGACAAGUAGUAUCAAGUAUUUGUCAAAAUUAUCCAAAAUCACAUGAUUCAUGUUCAAAAUUAUUACAAAAAAAAGAAAUGAAUAAAUUGAAAAAAUUAAUUUCAAAUGAAAUGACAAAAACUUAUUCAAUAUUACCACCAUUGAUUGAUAUUUUGGAUAGUAUACCGCCAUAAACAAAAUGUCCUGAAUGUUUUGUCCUUUGUUUCACAUACACAGCAACAACCAGAAAUAACCAGAAAAAAACUACAAAAAAAUCAAUCAUUUUUUCAUUCGUUCAUCGAUUUUUUCUUUUUGAUCUGAUCAGAAUCAGAUAAUGCUGAUUUCUUCUUCUUCUUCUUCACACCUUUCAUUCUUCUC